GCUGCCGCGACCGCUUGCGUAACCGCGGCGCUAACCGGUCACCAAAAUCCACGUAACUUUCGAUUUCACCGACGAAACCGAAACGCGAAACGGUGGGAGGUUUGUUCAUGUUCUUGUUGUUAUUGGUGCCGACUAUAAGAGAAAUGUCACCGCUGUGGACGAAGUGUUUUAGCGGCAGCGUUGGCAAGGCCGCCACGGUGGCUCGGUGCCUCCGGCCUCACGGAGGCCCUCUGCGAUCAGGCCACGCGUGGGGGGGCCACCCACUGCGAUCAGGCCACGAGUUGGGGGGCCACCCAGUGCCCUGGGACAUCGUGGGGGGCCACCCCCUCCGUUCGGCGGCAGGGCCGGGGAAACGAGGGGUCCACGCGAAGUGGGACAGCGCGGCUGAUGCACGGACGUGCUGGUGGUGGACCGUGUCGAUUGUGCCAAGGAUGGCAGGCCUUGCUGGGACACCCAUGGGAGCCCAAUCUCCGCUAUGGGCACGUGGUUUCACCAUACAGCGUGGAGAGGUGGCUGAGAAGCCAGCAGUUGGAACGGCUGCCCAACAGGCUCAGGCGGCUGGGUCCACGAAGAAGCCAGACCCUCCCAUCGCAGAGUCGGUUGGAACACCCAGCAAAGCACAGCAGCUGAAGCGCGUAUUCAAGGAGUAUGGUGCAGUCGGAGUUGUGUUCCACAUCUCAAUCUCGCUCGUCUCUCUCGGCAUCUGCUACCUCGCCGUGUCUAGUGGCUUGGACGUGGAGGCGUUGCUGCGGAAGCUGGGCGUUGGCGAGGCCUUCUUGAGCUCGCGUGCUGCCACGGGCACAAGCACGUUUGUGCUGGCCUACGCCAUGCACAAGGUGAUGGCGCCGGCACGCAUCAGCAUCACGCUUGUGUCCGUGCCACUGCUCGUGAGAUACCUGCGGAGGGUCGGCCUCUUCCGCCCACCUGUCCCCAAGCCCUGAGGAUGUUGCUCACCAGGCCACCAUCACACGCGUUGACCGACCGUCUUUUGCCAACCACUGUGGUGGCACCUUAAGUAUGAGGGCUAACGAAUUUGUUGACUUUUGUUUUGCAUUGUUUAAUUGUUUCUUUCUAAACACUGGGAUAUAUCAUGGAAGUAAGAUAUCUUCCAGUACUGGAAUAGGGGAGAAAUAAUUGUCAAUGGAUUAUAUUCGGUGGUGAAUUAUUAAGAAACUGACAAAAGCAGGGAUGUUUAAUGUCCUGGGAAGACUGAAAUAUUGCCCUGAACAGCUGCUUCAAAAAUGGGAUGAUCCUGGGAAAAGCAUGAUAAGUGGCAACCUUACUGAGAUUGGAGGAUGUUGUACAUGGAUCAUGUGCAAGUCUGUGUUUUAUUAGUUAGAUGUAAUUGAUUCAUUAUUUUGUAAAGAAGACUUUACAGAUGGUGUAAAGAAGUUGCAAAGUAGGUCACUGUGUGGCCGAUGUUUUAUCCAAAAUCUUAAUGUGAACAUUGCCUGUAAUUAAUUUACCAAGCGAGCCCUCAUUGUUACAAAACUAUGGGUUUGAAGUAAUAAAACAAUGAACAGUGUUUAUUUUACAUACAAAAAAAUUCAGCAGCUUUUAAGUCCAUCACCAAUGGUACUUUUGGACGAAUAUAUUCUGACAGGUAAACCCUGGACUGGUUUUGACUUUGACUCUCAUCACCUGGGUGUGGCUUGCCUUAUAAAACUAAUGUUGCCAAGUUGCCAUGUGCCUUGUAUACAAACCCAUCCAUGACCAACCAUGGGACAGGCCAACAGUGUGGUUAUGCAUGUCCACUUGGAAAACACAUAAGACACCAUGGUUGAUGAAAGAUGAUACAUUUAUUGAAGAUGACCAAACGGUAGUCUGAUCACUACCUUUAAAGUAGUGUGGGCAAAAUAGAACCUGUGGGCUGAGACAGCUCAUGCUUGCUUGAAAGUGCAUACUUAAAUGUUUUAUUUUAUCGUUUUAUAAAUGAUUGAAAUACAUGGCAAUGGCAAAAGGUGACAAAGAAUAAACAAGAUUUUUGUGCGUAACAUAUAGUUGAUUGUUACAACCGUCAAAUUGCCCUAGUCAAUAUAAUUGAAAGCACAAUAGCAUUUGAUAUAUGAUGUCAUCUGCCUGUAAUAUGAUGACUUUUGAUGGCAUAAAAACAAGGCAUAUACAUUGUGCGUUCAUAUAUUAAAGUACUACUUAAAGAGAGCUUUCGAGAUUAAGUUGGGUUAUCCAACGUUUAUGGACUGGGCCCAGUCACCAAUGGCUGCACAAAAAUACACCACGUUAAUUUUGGCUUUAAACUAAUUUGGAUACAUUCCUACUAUGAUAAUUAAUAACACAGGGUUUCCUGUCAUGUGACCAGCAUUACUUUGGAGUGUGGGAAGUGAUGCGCUCUAG